AUGACAUUGGCACUUAAAAUGGAAGAGCUAUUGAAAGUUGAAGUGCUGUUCUUUUUAUUAAAUUUCGUAAACUACAAUUUAACAGAUAACAUACAGUAUAAUCUACAACAAUAUGCGGCAAUGACCCAAGCCCAGUUAUUGAACAGUAACGAACAACAGCACCAGCAACAACAGCACCAACUGGCUGAGCAUUUACAAGAUCCUAAUUCAGCGUUCAAUUUGGCUUAUACGCCUUUUCCAUUAAUUAGAAUGGCACCUCCUCAAUUACAUCAGCCCACGUUAGCAAAAGAAUUACCUACUUCCCCUACAGCUGUAUCUACACCUCUAGAACAAGUAACUACUAGUGAUAGAAUAGGAGCAACACCGAUCCGAGUAACCCGACCUCCCAAUGCAUACCUCUUAUUUAACAAGGAAAUGAGAAAGAUUUUAAAGGAUCAAGAUCCUACCAUGAAAGUAGCUGAGAUCAGCAAAGAAGUAGGGAGCCGCUGGAAGAAGAUGGCCAAGGAACAAAAGGAACAUUAUAUAGCACAAGCAAACAAAUUAAAGGAAGAACAACGAGCACUUCAUCCAAAUUCAAUGUAUAUUCGUCGGUCUAGAGCCGAACUGGUAAAGGCUGGACACUUUACCAAACGCAAUUUAGAAAAAGAGAGUAGCGAACUACCCAAUAAACGUAAAAAGGUCAAACGAGAUAAGAAUUCGGCAAUACCAAAACAUCCACUUUCCGCCUACAUGUGGUAUCUAACAGAAGUACGACCUGAAACUAUGAGAAGCUUUCCUGGAUCCAACGUAGGUCAAAUUAGUAAAUUAUGUGCAGACAGAUGGAAUAGUAUGUCAGAUGAAGCUCGUUUACCAUGGAAAUCAAAAGCUCAAAUCGACAAAGAAAGAUAUGCAAGAGAAAUGCAGAUUUAUGCCCUUCAAAAUGACCAUCAUUUAGGCCGUGGCACAAGACAAAAGUAUCGAACUGCAGCAGCAGCUUUGAAUGGGGAUUCGUCUUUUGUAGACUCAAAUGUUGUACCAUUAUUUUAUACAGAUGAUAAGCAGUUAUAUCACCAUCAUUUAUCUGUACCUUCAACCCCAAGUUCCAUUUUACAUAACCCCAGGUCCAAUACACAUAAAAUUCACAGUUUAGUAUAA